AUGACGAAUAGCAGGCUUUCAGCGGACAACGGGUCCAAAGAAGAAAUCCGUCGAAAACCGAUCAAAUCUCAAUUCAACGGUCAAUGGUCAACGAGGCGUGCUAUCGGUACGAAAACAACGGCUGGCGAUGUAAAUGCAUCAUGGACCCAUGAUAUGUAUGAAGGACCUAAAAGACAGCAAAUUAGAAGUGGUCUUUCUGUUACUAAUAUUCAUAAAAUUGUUUUAUCAAACUUGGAUUUUGGAGUUACAUCUACAGAUUUACAGGAGCUAUUCAAUGAGUUUGCUCCAUUGAAAACUGCAACAGUUCACUAUAAUAGAUCUGGUAGAUCUUUGGGAACAGCUGAUGUUGAAUUUCGCAGUAAAAAUGCUGCAUUAAAAGCAGUACGUCAAUAUAACAAUGUAUCGCUCGAUGGUAUUCACCCUAUGAAAAUUGAACUUGCAACUGAUUUAUCAACUGUUGCCAACCUUGCUACUCGUCUCAGUAGAUCAGCACCAUUUCUUAUAAAAGGUAUUUGUGGUAGUAUGAUAAGAGGUAACCGGGACAAACGUGGAAAUACUUGUGGUAACUCCAGAGGACGUGGUGAUAGAGGUGGCAGGAAAAACAAAAAGAAAAUGCCAAACAAAGAUAAAUUAGAUGCACAACUUGAUAGCUUUAUCAAAAGCAAGAAUAAUUGA